GUUACUAUGGUUCUUUUCUCAGUGUAUGAAUAGAUCUGCGCACUCUGCAUCGGUGUGAGUAACAGAAACGUCAAAUUGCUCAAUUGAGGGAAAACAAACACUUCUCGCAAAAGAUAAAAAAUAUUAUGGAGUUAUUUCAGUGAACAAUUCAUUAUAUUGAUUUUUCUAGAGGAACAAGAUUUAUGUUUCAUUAACCAUUGGUAGUGAGUUAUCGGUAAUAAAUCAAUUGAAAAGUCGUCCAGUAAAAUCGACAUGAACGAGAAUCGCUCGGAUAGCUCAGUAACAUCAAUUGAAGACGACGAUGAAGAACGUACCGACAAUACAGAGAACCUUUGCGAAAAUCCUACACGAGACAUUUUGACCGAAGGAUUUUUCCGCCUUUUCAAGCCAGUUAUUGAUGAUCUGGAUAACAAUAUUCGAAGUGCACGUCUCAAUCAAAUGGAACUGCGACAACAGCUGAACGGAUUGUCGGUAGAGAUGAAAAAUUUCAAUUUUGAGAACGACCCCAAGCUUCAUGAAUAUUUCAAACGUAUGGUUCAUGUAAAACAGAAAGUUGUUGUAAUUAUGAAUAUACUUCAAGGUGCACAGGAACGUUUGGUUUUCCUCUGUCAACAACAGGAACAAGAUAUACCAGCCCCUUCUAGUUAGUUAAUCAUCAAUAACCAUGUACGUUGGAAGUCGAUUCGAUUGAUACACUUUUUUUUUAAAUUAGAAAUAUAAUUUGUAUUGUAGAAUAAUUAAUAAAUCUAAAUUAUUUUUUGAAAAAACUA